AUGCCAGUGGCGGUAAUGGCGGAAAAUGCCGUCAGUUUCAAAAAGAUGCUGGAUCAGUGCGAGAAUCAGGAGCUCGAGGCACCUGGAGGAAUUGCCACGGCCCCAGUGUACGGUCAGCUUCUGGCUUUGUAUCUGCUCUAUAAUGACAUGAAUAAUGCAAGAUACCUUUGGAAAAGAAUACCGCCUGCUAUCAAGUCUGCACACUCUGAGCUGGGCGGGAUUUGGUCGGUCGGACAGAGGAUCUGGCAGAGAGACUUCCCUGGGAUCUACACGACCAUCGGCGCUCACCAGUGGUCGGAGACGGUGCAGCCCAUCAUGGAAGCUCUGCGAGAUGCGACUAGGAGACGGGCCUUUGCCCUGGUUUCCCAGGCCUACACCUCUAUCAUCGCUGACGACUUCGCAGCCUUCGUCGGGUUGCCCGUAGAAGAGGCUGUGAAAGGCAUAUUAGAGCAAGGAUGGCAAGCUGACUCCACAACAAGGAUGGUUAUGCCCAAAAAGCCAGUUGCAGGAGUCCUGGAGGCCUCCUUUAACAGGUUCAUCCCCCUGUCAGAGCCUGCCCCCGUCCCACCCAUCCCCAACGAACAGCAGUUAGCCAGGCUGACCGACUAUGUGGCUUUCCUGGAAAACUGA